CGUCUUUCUCUCGUUUAGGUUUUCUCUCUUUCGCUCUCGCUUUCUCCUCGAUCCAGGCGAGCUCGCGAUCGAUCGAUUGAUCGUCUAGCACCAUGUCGUGGCAGACGUAUGUCGAUUCUUACCUCAUGUAUGAUCUUGGCAACGGGCGCACGCUCUCAUCGGCGGCGAUUCUGGGUCACGACGGCAGCGUCUGGGCGCAGAGCCCCAACUUUCCAGCGGUCAAGCCCGAGGAGAUUACCAACGUGAUGAAUGCGUUUGACGAUUCCUCGCAGCUCGCCCAGAACGGCCUCUACCUCAGCGGCAGCAAGUACAUGGUGAUCCAAGGCGAGGCCGGCGUUGUGAUCAGGGGAAAGAAGGGAUCUGCCGGAGUGACGAUCAAGAAGACUUCCAGCGCUCUGGUCAUCGGGCUGUAUGACGAGCCGGUCGCACCGGGCGAAUGCAACGUUGUUGUUGAGCGCCUAGCGGAUUACCUCAUCGAGCAAAACUACUGAGAGGGUGUGAGAUCGGAGCAAAAUGGAUUGAUUGAUCGAUCGAUUGGUCGUUUGAUUGAUGGAUGGAUGGAUUGAGAGGUGUGUUCUUCUAUUUCGCAUUGGCAAGCAAGGAAUCGGUCGGUCAGUCGGUCAGUUAGUCAUCCCAGUUGUAAAGAAAAAGAAAAAAAGUAAAUUUUCCAGUUGUGUUCA